AUGCAAGCUCCCGCUACCCGCUUCGCAGCUGCUGCUGCACGCCCCGCCGCUCGCCGCGCUCUUCCUCGCCCGCAGGCGUACCGGAGGACUUACGCGACCGCACAGGAGACGGCGACCGCUGGCACUGCCGGCUCGCACUUUGGCUCUGCCCUUCUCGGAGGUGGUGUCGUCCUCGGUGGCCUCUACGCAUGGUACAGCAUGAGCGGCGCCAAGACGGCAGUCGACACUGCGCGCUCCGUCUCGCAGACCGCACAAACGGCCAAGGACAAGAUCAAGGACGUCGCGCCCAACAACGCCAAGGAGGCCCUGAACCUCGCCAAAUCGGUCGCCAAGUCGUACGCGGCUGCGAUCCCCGGCGGAGCGGUCCUCAUCGACCAGGGCUUUGACCAGCUCGAGUCGUUCGUCGACACCCAUGGCGAGAAGGCCGUUCAGAUCGUCAAGGACACGUACGCCGACAUCGAAAAGGCUGCGAAGGGCGGAAAGGACUCGGGCGACCAGAUCAUGCGCGCGCUGCAGGAGGCUGGAAACAAGAUCCAGGACCUUGUUGGAGAGGAGGCGUCGAAGGGAUGGAAGGCCCUCGGCGACAAGUACCCUGAGCUGCAGAAGAGCCUCGGUACGCAGGGCGACGAGCUCAAGAAGCUCACCGACAAGCACGGCCCCGAGGCUCAGCGCAUCGCGACCGACUUCUACGCCCAAGCGACCAAGAUCGUCUCGAAGGGUGGCCUCAACGCCGAGACCUACGAUGCUGUCAAGAAGCUCCUCGCGGAGAAGAAGGACGAGUUGGCGCAGUUCUCGCAGAAGGCUGGACGCGACGCCUGGAACGCGUCGGCCAAGGCCGCAGGACCUGUGUUGGACAAGAUGCCCGAUGUCAAGGAGGCGCUGGACAAGAACUUGAGCAAGGUUGAGGGAUACGUGGGUGAGGACCGAGUAAAGAUCGUCAAGGAGCUCUACUCUGAACUUGAGAAGAUCGGCAAGUCGGACAAGUCGGUCGAGGAGAAGACCAAGGCGGCGAAGCAGCUCGUGCAGGACAAGCUCGGCGACUCGAGCCAGUUCAAGGCUCUCGGGCUCGGGAUGGACAAGAUUGAGGACUUGGCGAGUCAGGGAAGCAAGUGGCUCGACUCGCAGGUGCCUGGGUUGAGUGGCUUGACCAAGGUCUUCCAGGAGACGGACCUCAAGGCGCUCAAGGACCUCGCGUCGAAGCGAGGCGACGACGCCGAGAAGAUCCUCAACGAGACCUACGAGCAGAUCAAGGACAUCCUCCAGAAGCAGGCUGACAAGGCGAAGAAGCUUGGUGAGGAGACCAAGGAGGAUGCGAAGAAGAAGCAGGCUAAGUAG